AAACACUCCUCCACGCUGACUUGCUACUGCGCAUGCGCAACCAGACAGACAGACGCUGUCAUGGCCCCGUUCAGGGAGGGAUUGUGCUGGGAAAGACAUGUAAAAAUACCAUUCGGCAGUACACGGUCACUAAUGGACAUCAGCUGUUGAAUUCAGGAUGAAUGACAUGAACCUGAGUCCUGUGGGCAUGGACCAGCUGAGUGUGUCCUCUGUGAGUGCCAGCCACUUGGGUCUGCCCACUUCCCCGACUCACAACCCCAUACCCACUCCAGGCAUGCCAGUGGCCAUCCCUAGUUUGGGUCCUUCCCUUGGUUCCCUCCCCUCUGCCUUAUCUCUGAUGCUCCCCAUGGGUCCGCUGAGUGACAGGGGAGUGAUGUGCGGCCUGCCGGAAAGGAAUUACUCCUUGCCGCCUCCUCCAUACCCCCACCUGGAGAGCAGUUACUUCCGACACAUACUUCCAGGUAUUCUGUCCUACCUGGCAGACCGUCCACCGCCUCAGUACAUUCAUCCCAGCAGCCUUAACAUGGAUGGAACCUUGUCUGUGGCCAGCAACAACCCCUCAGGUCUGGACCCCUACAGUGGCCCUGGAGGCCCACUGGAGCAGGGCCUGGUGCCCAUGGACUCCAGACAGGUCAGUGGUCAGGGAGACCUCCACCAGACUGGUGCUCAUGAGCUGGACUCUACAGGGUUGGCGAUGGAGUCUCGUGUCAGCAGCCCCAUGUCUCCGGACCGCAUGGGGGAGGAGCUGGCGACCAUGGAUGGAGUUGGGGUGGUGGCGGUGUCUGACACCCAGCAGCAGCUUGGCGGGGGAAGGCAGCCUCAGCCUCACGAAGGCCUGACAGGGGUGGACUCUUCUGGUGGCGUGAUGCCCCUCCAUGGACCCCCUGUACUGGAACUACCGGUGGUGAUGGAGCCUGACCAUAUGGGGGGACGAGUGGGAAACUCUGGGGCAGGAGGAGCUGGAGGACUUGGGGAGCAGCUCCACACAAACGGAGAGCUGAACUCGGGUGUUGUUAGCGUGGUGCUCACUGGCUCCAUGGCCAGCCAAAGCCAGCUGGAACCAGUGUCCCUGCACGGACACUCUGGGAUGGGACUGGAGGCGGUUAACGUGUCCCCCAUCACUGCAGAAGUGUCUCUGGGGCCAGAAAACAACCUGGUGCUUGUCAACUCCACCCUGCAGCUGGAGGAUUCUGCUUCCAACAAGGAGAACUUGGUGUCUGCUUACACCAUGUGGUGCACACUAUGUGAACGCUCAUAUACCUCAGACUGUCCAGAACACGGCCCGGUCACCUUCAUCCCUGAUGCGCCCAUCCAAAGCCGGGCUCGCCUCUCUCUGCCACGCCCGCUGUGCCUGCGCAUCUCGGUGGCCGACGAACCUCUUGGAGUUUUUGCACGGGACGUCAUUUCUCCGCGAACCUGCUUCGGACCAAUGGUGGGACAGCACUGCAGCAAUGUGGAUCUCUCUGACUGGCUAGAAAAAGAGACACCUCAAAUAUGGAAGAUGUACCACAACAACGUGCUGGAGUUCUACAUUGUGACUACAGAUGAGAACGAAUGCAACUGGAUGAUGUUUGUCCGAAAGGCGAGGACCCGUGAAGAGCAGAAUCUGGUGGCCUAUCCUGCCAAUGGUAAACUGUUCUUCUGUACAACCACAGAGAUCCACCCUGACCAGGAGCUGCUCUUCUAUUACAGCAGAGACUACAGCAGGCUGAUGGGUGUUCCUCAGGUGCCAGAGGGUCAGAUCUGCCAGUGUGGCAAAGAGUGCUCCUCCUUCUCCGAGCUCAAGUCUCACCUUAGCAGCCAUAACAGUAACCACAGCCAUAACCAGCCUCCACACAGCCACAGCCCGUCGCAGCAGGACCACUCCCAGCAACAACAUCAACCUCCACAGCAGCAGCAGCAGCAGCAGCAGCAGCCACAGCAGCAACAAGAACAACAGCCACAGCAACACACUCACCAGGAGGAGAAACUGACCAACGGAACCUCGAGCUCAUCCUCUUCCCCAUGGCCCUGCCACAACCACCCCACGGGGCACACGAACACUGACAACAACAACAGCAGUGGGGGCAAUGGUAGUAGAAACUCUAAUAACCCCAGAACAAAAGGCCAGGGACAUGUGCGGGAGAAGAAAUAUAAGUGCAGCAUGUGUUCCCGGGGUUUUAUAACUUCCACUAAGCUCAAUGUGCACUUCAUGGGGCAUGUGGGAAUGAAACCCCACAAGUGUGAAUACUGCAGCAAGGCCUUCAGCGAUCCCAGCAACCUCAGGAUGCACCUCAAGAUUCACACAGGUCAGAAGAACUACAGAUGCACAGUUUGUGAGAAGUCGUUCACCCAGAAAUCCCACGUAGCGUCACAUAUGCUCAUCCACACUGGCGCAGAGAAGCUCAAGUGCGACCUCUGCGACCGCACAUUCCUCAGGAAACACGACCUGAAGCAGCACAUGUUCUCUCACACACACGAACGCCGGAUUCAGUGCCCCAAGUGCAACAAACACUUCAUCAAGACCAACCACUUGAAGAAGCACAUGAACUCUCACGAGGGCCGACGAGACUUUGUCUGCGAGAAGUGCCACAAGGCUUUUCUUACCAAAUACCACCUCACACGUCACCUGAAGAUCUGCAAAGGGCCCAAGGCAGAAAGAGCGUCCCGGAAGGAGCAGGACGUUGACGAGGAGGAAGAGGAUGAAGAGGAGGAUGACGGCAGAGGAGGAGGAGGAAGAAGAGGAGGAAAGAGACUGGUUGACUCGGCUAAUAGUGAGGACUGUGGUUUGGAUGUUGCAGGGUAUAACUCUGAAAAGUCCCUGUCACCCCCUCAUUGACAACACUGUGCCUCUUGAGAUGUUUUAUUUAUUUACUUUACUAUAGUACCGAUGUUUACCUCUCUUUUUUUUUGCCAAAUACUAGUUACUUUGUUGAAUUAUAACUGGCAUUGGUCAUAAUCCAUACAAUUAACUGCCACAUUUUACAUUAAAAGCAAAAAAUAUUCUGUCAUAUUAGAAGCCAACCAAUUUAACCGUAUUUCUCUUAAGUUAUUCUCUUUUUCUCAUUAACUCAGGCUUGUGUGAUAUCAUUGGUUGAUGGUUUUUGUAUAAGCUAUCAUUCAUUCAUUGUUUUUCCUUAAUCCUAAUUCCUCAAUUCACUUAAUAACAUGACUGAAUGUCAAUUUAAAAUUCUGAUAUUCUUGUAUGUUCUUGCAUUUAACUCUUGAUUAUAUGUAGUCGCCAAAUGGGUUGUGCUGUUAUUCUUUAUUUAUUUUCUGUAUUUUUUUUCUUUAUUUAAUUUUUCUGUGUGAAUGGAGCCGUUUGAAAUCAAGAAUCUGGGCAUUAAUGUGACAUUAUCCCACAUUGUGUGUGUCGACUGAAUGUCAAAAUAAUGUUGUAGCUCCAUCCUACUUGUUGCCCAUUUUAAUAAAUGGAUAUUUACA